AUGGUUAUGCUGAAGAUCUCCGCUUUCUUCAUUGCCUAUGCCUUGAUUAUCUGUCAGAUGUACUGCUCAAAUGCAGCACCAUCCAGGCCUGCGCUUGAGCCAUCACCAGAUGAAGCCAUGCUCUCUGACUAUGAGGCAAGACGGUUGCUAAACGCAUUUAUCCAAGAGUUUGUGCAGAUGACUGCAGAAGAUCUUGAUCAGCAGGAGACUGAGGAGAACAGCAUGGGCAGACCCAUGUCCAAACGCUGCUCCAACCUGAGCACCUGUGUUCUGGGAAAGCUUUCACAGGAGCUGCACAAGCUGCAGACUUACCCACGCACCAACGUAGGAGCAGGAACCCCAGGAAAGAAGCGCAGCACAGAGCAUGUGUACAGAGAACCGACCGAUCUCAUCUAA